AUGGUGGAACAAGAGGAUGAGCUCUUGUUAAUGACCUUUUUGGAACUCAAAGAAGGAAAGACAGAUAAGUGGUUUCUAGAUUCUAGAUGCAGUAACCACAUGAGUGGGAAUAAGGAUUGGUUCUCAAAAUUAGAUGAGAACUUUCAUCAUAAAGUAAAGCUUAGCAAUGAUACCCGCAUAGAUGUGAUGGGAAAAUGGAGUGUUUGGAUGUUAAGCCCCACAUCGCUUCACAAGAAACCUCAAUUAAAUCGGAAACCUUCUUUACAAAUCUCUCUCCCCAAAAAGGCCGAGUGGAUCCAAUUUGGGAAACCGGAGAACCAGUUGGAGAAGAAGCACUACAGAGGAGUCCGCCAGCGACCUUGGGGAAAGUUCGUCGCCGAGAUCCGCGACUCGAACAAGCGCGGGUCGAGAGUGUGGCUUGGAACCUUCGGCACCGCCAUCGAGGCCGCCAAGGCCAACAACCGUGCUGCCUUCAGGCUCUGUGGCUCAAAGGCCGCCCUCAACUUCCCGCUCGAAGCAGGCGCGGUGGAUGCCACAGUCAAGGCCGAAGGCGAAAGGACGCGGCGACGCCAGGAGGAGGAGGUAGAGGAAGUGAAGCUGGUGGUGAAGAAGGAGAAAACAACAGAACAGGAGGUGAACUGUUUUCGGGAGAUGUCGUUAACGCCUAAGGUUGAAGAUGAUCAAAGGUAA